AUGUGUUUCUUUGAUAUUCGGUGCGAUCGAAAUAUGACAGUGGUGAAAAUGGAUGUAGCAUGGUGGAUGGAAGCAGCUCCUCCGCAGAUAAUUUUUCCGGAGAAGCCAUCAACUUGUCCGAUUCUCGAGACGAUUAUAGAAGAACGAGAGACCGAAGAAGACGAUCAUGAACAUGAUAAGGACGACUUGGAGAUAUAUGAUGACUAA